AUGUCCACCUACUUCAUCCUCCGCGACCCGACCAUCUUCCCCUCGCCGACCCGCUUCCUCCCGGACCGGUGGCUGCUCGCGCCGGAGGAGGCGCUGCGGCUGCAACGGUAUCUGGUGCCUGCGUCGAAGGGCACGCUAGGGUGUUUGGGGCAGAACAUCAUCCCCAGCCCUCUAAACACUCCCUCCCUCCCUCCCUCCCCACUUGCGCUGCGUGUCAUCGUCACCGUUACCGUUACCGUUGGCACAACCCCCACUAACAUUACCCGGAUGGUGUAUGGGGUAUGCAGCAUGAACGCAGCCUGGAUGCACCUCGUCCUGGGCACGCUGUUCCGGCGCUACGAGCUGGCGCUCCACGCGACCACGCAGGCGAAUGUGGAGAUGACCCGGGAUAAUUUUAUUGGGCAGACCGCGUUCGGGGCGAAUAAUGUGCAGGUUAGGGUUGUGGGGGUUGUGGGUUGA